ACUACGUCUUUGGGCAGCUCUGGCCCUGGCACCUUUCCAUAGCUCCAAUCUAUGCCAAACAUUCUGUUUUCUUAGUUCUUCCCAUCAAUCUAACAGCAAUUCUGGUUUAACCAUGAUAAGCGUCCUCGCUCAGGAGCGAUUGCUCGGUGCAGUGCUUGGGAGCGUAGUUACUGGACUAAUUGUUUUUGAGCAACGAAAACGCAUCUAUGAAUCCAUUGCCGAUGAUCAAUCUCAAGUUGGUUCCAAAUCCCAGACAAGAGAGCCCAUAUUUGCAAAGAAAACACGCUCAGAGUUUGCACAAUUAUGGAACAAGACUGUAGACCAGACUUUUGGACCUGUGAUUGCAACUCUUAGUUCUCGAAAAUGGUAGUGGUAUUGGAGUAAAUUCACUGCCAUUGUAUGGAUCAAUAUAUUAUUUUGUGACAAUUAUACAAGUAGUGGCUUGCCUGGAUCUGUAUUUUCCUACAUUUUUUGAAUAUAUGAGGGACAUGCAUCUGUGACCCUGAGAGUGGAUCAUGUUUAAGGACUUGUAUAAUAAAUGUCUUGUGGUUAUUGUUGUUC